AUGGUCACCCCGGAGGCCGGACCCCCCCCAGUACCCGUGCUCACCCCGGAGGUUGCCACCCCCAUACCCGUGGUCACCCACGGAGGUCGGGCCACCUCCAUACCCGUGGUCACCCAGGGAGGUCGGCCCCCACCCCAUACCCGUGGUCACCCAGAGGUCGCCACACCCCGUACCCGUGCUCACCCCGGAGGUCGCCCCCCCCCCCGUACUCAUGGUCAUCCCGGAGGUCGGAUCCCCCUCUCCAACCAGGGGUCACCCCGGAGGUCAGACCCCUGUACCCGUGCUCACUCCAGAGGUCGGCUCCCUGUACCCGUGCUCACCCUGGAGGUCGGACCCACCCUCAAACCCGUGGUCACUCACAGAGGUCGGCCCCCCUAUACCCGUGAUCACCCUGGAGGUCGGCCCCCCAUACCCGUGUUCACCCCAGAGGUCGGACCACCCCCCCCCCCCGUACCCGUGGUCACCCCGGGGCCAAGCAGGCGGAGCCGGCGGGGGCGGGGCAGGGCCCGCAAAGCCCUGGGGUCGUCCAGCACAGUGAUCAGGAGGCUCGGAGGCAAAUGA